CCAGGUAUUUCCUUCGCCAGGCCCGGGAGGAGACAGAGCACGCGGAGAAGCUGAUGAGGCUGCAUAACCUGCGAGGAGGCCGGAUCUGCCAGCGGGACAUCAAGAAGCCGGACCAGGACGACUGGGAGAGCGGGCUGCAUGCUAUGGAGUGUGCUCUGCUCUUGGAAAAGAAUGGGAACCAGUCCUUGCUGGAAUUGCACACGCUGGCCUCGGACAAAGGUGACCCCCACUUGUGCGACUUCCUGGAAACCUACUACCCGAGUGAGCAGGUGAAGUCUAUCAAAGAAUUAGGUAACCACGUGCACAACUUAGUUAAGAUGGGGGCCCCGGACUCUGGUCUGGCGGAGCACCUUUUUAACAAACAUACCCUUGGAAAUGAAAACAAGCAGAACUAAGCAGCAGGCCGCCUUCCCCACAGUACUCUGGGUCCCAAGGCCAGGAAUCAGCUGUCUCCUGCUUUCUUGCACCAACAAUUCACCUCCAUCUUUGUAUUUUUAUAUUCUUCUCCUGUUAUAUUGUUCUUCCAGUGAAAUGAUUUGUAGAAA